AGAGAGGUGGGGAGAGAGACAGAUAGAGAGAGAGAGUGUCUGCUGUGGUGGUGUUGGGAAUCGGACGACAUGAGCUCUACAUGAACCGCGUAAAAUGCUUUAAGACGCUUUCGGCGUUUGUCUUUCAUCCAUCUGAACCGAGGACGAGCCUGAAGCGGAGCUGUACUUCACGACCAGGUGGAACACUGUCUUGAGCCUGACGGGGCAGAAUGCCGGAGCAGAGCAACGACUAUCGCGUGGUGGUGUUCGGCGCCGGGGGAGUCGGGAAGAGCUCCCUGGUGCUGCGCUUCGUGAAGGGCACCUUCAGGGACACCUACAUCCCCACGGUGGAGGACACCUACCGCCAGGUGAUCAGCUGCGACAAGAGCGUGUGCACGCUCCAGAUCACAGACACAACAGGUAGCCACCAGUUCCCCGCCAUGCAGCGCCUCUCCAUCUCCAAGGGCCACGCCUUCAUCCUGGUCUACUCCAUCACCAGCAAACAGUCCCUGGAGGAGCUCAAACCCAUUUACCAACAGGUUUUGGCCAUUAAAGGCAACGUUGAGGCCAUCCCCAUCAUGCUCGUCGGAAACAAGAGCGACGAGACCCAGCGAGAGGUGGAGACCAAGGACGGGGAAGCCCAGGCCAACCAGUGGAAGUGCGCCUUCAUGGAGACGUCGGCCAAGACCAACCACAACGUCACCGAGCUCUUCCAGGAGCUGCUCAACCUGGACAAGAAGAGGAACAUGAGCCUCAACAUUGACGGCAAGCGCUCCGGGAAGCAGUCCCGCGCCGAGAGACUGAAGGGCAAAUGCAGCGUGAUGUAAACCGAGCGGAGGAGGAGCGGGGGAGGUGGAGGUGAGAGGGAGAGAGAGAGAGAGAGA